CAUUUAUUAUAACACAUACGACGGCACAUAUGACAGUAGUACACUCUAAUAAAGGGCGAAAGGGAUCCGUGAUGCUGCUGCACCCAUCAGUGCAGAUGAUGCUGCUGCUCGGAUCACAAAUAGCGCCAGUGCGCAUGCGCCGCCCGCACCGUUUACUGUAUAAUCACAGUGGGGGAAAAAGAGCAGGCAACAAAACUAAAGCUUUUUUUUUUACGACAAAGUGACUGCUGCCAUGUAAAUAUCCGCCAGGGAAACAAAGGGGGACUUUCAACAGGGAUCCUUUUAGGUGUGAUGAGACAAAGGAACAAAGGAUGCCUUAGAAGACAGUGACGAACAAGGCUGGAACCUGCUUCAAAGCACACCAGAUGGAUCUAUCGCUCCACGCUCCAUCCAGAUCAUGAUACUUGGCUAAAGCUUUAAGCGUUCUCUAUGAUCCCUUCUCCAUCUAUGGCGAACUACAGCCAUGCAGGGGACCACAACAUCUUGCAGAAUGUCUCUCCGCUCGCCACUUUCCUUAAACUGACCUCCCUGGGUUUCAUCAUCGGUGUUGGCGUGGUCGGAAACCUCCUGAUCUCCAUCCUGCUGGUCAAAGACAAGAGCCUUCAUCGAGCGCCCUACUACUUCUUGCUGGACCUCUGCGCUUCGGACAUCCUCCGCUCAGCCAUCUGCUUCCCCUUCGUCUUUACCUCCGUCAAGAAUGGCUCAGCCUGGACGUACGGCACGCUGACCUGCAAAGUGAUCGCCUUCUUGGGCGUGCUCUCCUGUUUCCACACUGCUUUCAUGCUGUUCUGCGUUAGCGUGACGCGGUACCUGGCCAUCGCCCACCACCGCUUUUACACCAAGCGGCUGACCUUCUGGACAUGCCUGGCCGUCAUAUGCAUGGUGUGGACGCUGUCGGUAGCCAUGGCGUUCCCUCCGGUGCUGGACGUGGGGACGUAUUCCUUCAUCCGCGAGGAGGACCAGUGCACCUUCCAGCACCGCUCCUUCCGUGCUAAUGACUCAUUGGGCUUCAUGCUGCUCCUUGCACUCAUCCUCCUGGCCACCCAGCUUGUCUACCUCAAGCUCAUCUUUUUCGUCCACGACCGCCGAAAGAUGAAGCCGGUGCAGUUCGUGCCUGCCGUCAGCCAGAACUGGACCUUCCACGGCCCGGGGGCGAGCGGUCAGGCUGCAGCGAACUGGCUGGCGGGCUUCGGCCGGGGCCCCACGCCUCCGACCCUGCUGGGAAUCCGGCAGAACACUAAUGCGGCGGGCCGCAGGCGUCUGCUGGUGCUGGACGAGUUUAAGACAGAAAAGAGGAUAAGCAGGAUGUUCUACAUCAUUACCUUCUUCUUCCUGAGCCUGUGGGGACCCUACCUGGUAGCCUGCUACUGGAGGGUGUUCGCACGAGGCCCAGUGAUCCCAGGAGGUUACCUGACGGCAGCUGUGUGGAUGAGCUUUGCCCAGGCGGGAGUCAACCCCUUCAUCUGCAUCUUCUCCAACCGGGAGCUCCGGAGAUGCUUCAGCACCACGCUCCUCUACUGCAGAAAAUCCAGGUUACCGAGGGAACCCUACUGUGUUAUAUGAAGGUUCAGUGGCGUUUCUUGUUUCUCCGAUGUGGUUUAUGUUUGGAUGCCCUGGAUGAUCAGGGAUGUGUUCAAUUGUACAGCUCUCUCCUCCUCAUCCUUCUCCCAUUCCUCUCGCUCCCCUUUUGAGGCCUGUAGUUGAACCGUCUGAAUGGAAUAUGAUGACGAACAGACAAAGGACACGUCCCGCGUUUAUGUUCUAGUAAACAGCUGAUGCGAAAGGCCAUUUGAAACCCAACACGCAAAAAAAAAAAAAAGAAGAAGAAGAAAAAACUGAAAAAAGAAACAUGGAAAAAAUGGAAAGAAAAGAAUAAACGGAUACGUCGAGAAGGGACUGGCCUUUGCUUUGGAUAUCUGGAAGACUUUGGAAAGGGUGUAAAGAAAUCAAACUGUUACCUUAAGGAAUCACUGGAAUUUGUGUCUAAAAAGUUGCACUAAUGAGAAGACCCGAAGAUGCUUUUUUUGCGCCGUCACAUUGCAAGGAUGUCUUGUUUUUCCCAAACUGAAAUACGAAUGCUUUAAUCUGCAACAGACUUCUCUUUCACUGUAAGUAAACAAAACAUGUGGGGUGACUAACUGUUGGAAUACACCUUCACAAGAGGAUAAAUUGGUUUAAAUGUGAGGGUUGCUUUUGAAAUACACUCCUCUAAAAUGUCUCCUUGAGGCAUAUCGGGAUGCUUUCCACAUCAGGGUGAAGUGCAUGUUCAUUUGAAACACGGUAUCCACCAUCACUAUCACAGGUACAGCCCGUGCACCGACAGCCCAUUUCUUACCCUGUAACAUUUGCUAAACCCCAGCGAGUGCGCAGAGCACAGGGAGCAUGUGUGUGUGGACGUCUGUGCGUGAGUGUGUGUGUGUGUGUGUGUGUGUGCUUGGCGAACAGCUGUCAUGUCAAGACCAGAGCCUUAGUCUGAAAUCUUGCACAAUUUGUAAAAAAUGUAAUAGGAAAAACAAAAAACAUUGUAUUUAAGGCACAGAGUCUUGUUUCUACUUUCCCAACAUUUGCUCUCUACUAAUUGUUUUGAUUAACUUACUUUUUUCUCUUGUGGCCAUUUUAAUAUUUAUUCUGUAUUCUUUUUGUAUAUUAUAGGUAGAUAGUGUGUAAGUUUGUGAGUCUUUCAUUUUGAAGUCCCGAAUGUGAGUACUGUUUAAGUUAGGACUGCAAUUGCUGAAAGUUAACUGUGUAAUCUGUUGCUUACAUUUUUGAAAAUAAAAUUUUACAUUUUGCAAAA